AUGCUCGUUCUUAUAUAUGGUAUCACUGGCAUGGUCGGGCAGCCCACUGCCCGUGCCGCUUUAGCUGCUGGCCACCAGGUGCGCGGACUCGGUCGAAACCCACAAAAGCUACAGAGUGAUCUUGCAGACUCUCUGGAAAGUUUUGUAGUGAUCAAAGAUGCCUAUGAUAUUCAAGCUUUAGACCAAGCAGUAAAAGGUGUUGACGCUAUCGUCUCUGCUCCUUCAGGCGCCUUCGAAACAGCGCUUGACGGACAGAUACUUCUAUUGAGAGCAGCCGAACGCGCCGGUGUCAAGGUUUUUCAUGCAGCAUCGUGGAAUUAUGACUGGACAAGACUACCGCUGGGAUUCCAUGAAGGUUACGAUCCUUUGAUCUCUUUCUGGAACCACGCGCGUCUUAGUUCCAACAUCAAACCGAUUUACACAUUCACCGGCACCAUUCCCGAUUAUGUGAUGUAUUCAUCAGUUCUCAACAAUCCAAUCGACAGCAAACUUAAGACGUUUUCGUAUUUCGGGACCGGCGACGAGGUUGACAUUUAUACUACAGUGGACGAUCUUGCCUCAUACACCAUCGCUGCAAUCUCAGAGCCGAAUGCUGAAGACGGCGGAGUGCGCUACGUUGAGAGUUUUCGUGCGUCGAUGCAUGAGCUAGCCGAUGCCUACGAAAAGGUACAUGGCGUGGAACUGGAACGAAAGAAUCUAGGUACUGUGGAGGAUGUUGAAAGGCUGCUUCAAGAGGGUCGUGACAAUAUCCAUCCAUCAAACUACAAUGAUUACUCGGCUUUCAUCUACCUGAAGAUUCAACUGCGAGGUUUGUGUCUUCACGACAGCAAGGAUAGCAGGAGGUGGAGCCAGAUCAAGCCGAUCAGCCUGGAGGAUUGGCUUAAGGCACACCAAAAUAUUUAG